AUGAACGGAUCCAGCACGGGGACUCUGACCCCGGCCCAGGCUGCGCGACUGCAUCAGCUCUGGAUGCUGCUGCUGCACUUGGCCGAAGCCUCGUCGCUGGGCGCCCUCGAGCAGUUUGUGCGCGUCAACAGCCUGGACCCAACCGGCGCGAUUUCAACGCCGUCGCUGAGCCGCCGCAAUUCCCUCUUUGCAAGAAGCGAGACCGCUCGCAGUCGUCGCUCCUACGAGAAACGAGCGUCCGUGGCGUCGACCUCGCUUCCGUAUCACCAUGUCCGUCUCCUCCAGACGUUUGGCGAUGCCGGCUUCACAGCGGCGCAGAUCCGCAAUGUCCGCCACGUCCUCAAGCUCAUGUCGCCCGAAGACGUCCGGUUUGGGAUUCUGACCGCGGCAAAACACGAGAAUCCAGAUACGUUUGUGCUUCGAUUCCUGCGGGCGGCCAAGUGGGAUGUGAACCAGGCCGUGGUGCAGUUGCUGGGUGCGAUCGUCUGGCGGCUGAAGGAGAUGCAGGUGGAUAACGUCCUGCUGCCCCGAGGGGAGGCGUUCGCCGCCGCCAGCGAGACGGACGUUUCGAACCCGGCCAGAGCAGAAGACGCUCGAGCGUUCAUGAAGCAGCUCCGGAUCGGCAAGGGGUUUGUGCACGGCGUCGACCGGUCGAGCCGACCGGUCCUCAUUAUCCGGAUACGCCUUCAUCGCCCAGGGGACCAGAGCGAGGCGGCUCUCAGUCAGUUCAUCACGCACCUCAUCGAGUCGGCCCGGUUGGUGCUGUCGCCGCCAGUCGAAACUGCAGUAGGUCCCUCCCCGUUGUUCCAGUUCCGGCUGACAAGGCCAGACAGUGAUUUUCGACCUGACGGGGUUCUCGCUCGCAAACAUGGAGCAGGUGCUUGGAAGAUUAUCAAGCCCUGGAUUGACCCGAGGCUGGUUGAGAGGAUCCACUUCACUCGCUCUGUGGAAGACCUGGAGAAAUUUAUGGACCGCGACCAAAUCAUCACCGAACUCGGCGGCGACGAGGAUUGGGAAUAUGAGUAUAUCGAGCCUGAGCCAGACGAGAACCAAGCUAUGGAUGACUUGGCUGCCCGGGAUACCCUGCUCGCAGAGCGGCAGUCUCUCGGGGAGGACUUCAUUGCGGCUACCUCGCGCUGGGUCUCUGCAGCCCAGACUGGAGAUCCAGUACAGAUUGACGAGGCCACCGCACACCGCGAGGAGAUCAUUGAGCAAAUCCGGCUGAAUUACUGGAAUCUAGACCCGUAUGUCCGAGCCCGCAAUAACCUGGAUCGGACCGGAGUGAUCCAGGAGGGCGGCUUUGUCGAGAUGUACCCCAUAUCCCAACCCCAGACUCCGUUGGCCGUGAUCCAGACGGCAAAGGUGCUGCAGGUCGAACAUGUUCGAGGGAGGGUCAAGGUCGUCAAUGUCUGA